AAGAUCGCGCCGACAUACAUUAGAGAAAGCUAGCGACGACGCUGCUGCGCGCGAUGUGUAGUCAUUCGUGGUAGCGCAGGGCUAUUGUGACACUUGGAUCGCUUUAGUAGGCUAACAUGUCUACAGUGUAGAACAUUGUCACAUAUAUCAAAAGUAUUUGAUAUAGGCUUCUUUCAUAAUAUAGUCAGAUAUCUUUUUUUGUUUGCUAUUAUUCGGAUACGGCAUUGAGCAACAAGUGGAGUUUGGCGUGGAGAGUUUGCGCUCCAGCCAAAAGUGUACCAGUUAUGGAAGAGCGAAUUGAUCAGAACAGCCGUGAUUCGACUGAGGGAGAGAGCGUGUCCCUCUCCCCGAAUCUACCAUCUCCUCCAAUGUUGCCCCACCAGGCAGCACAGCAGGUACAUAGAACGACAAACUUUUUUAUUGACAAUAUUCUGCGGCCAGACUUCGGCUGCAAGAAGGAGCUUGGGAGUCGGGAGCGGGCGCAGACCUCCGGCAGAGAAAACGUCAACCCCUUGGUAAUCAGGCCAUCUCACGCGAGCAGCCUUUGCCAGGAUUCCAACUGCAGUAGUGACAGUACUUCUUCGUCGUCGUCCUCGCCGUCUUCGAAACAGAGCUCGACAAAACAAGGUGAAGGGAAUGGGACUACCACAACAAGAUAUGGAGACACCGCGUCAAUAGUGGUUGUGAAUGCCAGUAAUGGAGGAUCUCCACCCGCUAAAGAAUCUACGCCGAUGUUAUGGCCUGCGUGGGUUUACUGCACGAGAUAUUCGGAUCGACCAUCAUCUGGCCCAAGGACACGGAAAUUGAAAAAGAAGAAAAAUGAGAAAGAAGACAAGCGACCCAGAACCGCGUUUACGGCUGAACAACUGCAGAGACUUAAGUCCGAGUUUCAGGCAAAUCGCUACAUAACAGAACAACGGAGACAGUCACUGGCCACAGAACUGAAUCUCAAUGAAUCCCAAAUAAAAAUUUGGUUUCAGAAUAAGAGGGCAAAAAUCAAAAAGGGGAAUGGCUACAAGAACGGCCUGGCUCUCCAACUCAUGGCCCAAGGACUGUACAACCAUUCCACAACCACGGUCCAAGAGGAGAAGGAUGAUAGCGAGUAAAUUCCCCCCUCGUGCAGGGCAAAAUAGACGCUGAACUGAAGCAGAGUGCUUGAACUCUUUUGUGAACUGAAAACGAAAGAGGUAAAUACGAUUUGACUGGGACAGAUGCUAUUUAAAACCGAUUUCUGUUUAUGAUACAGUAUAUGGACAUAAUUAUAUAAAAUAUGAACAUUAUUAAAGUUUAUAUAUAGCCAAAACAAUAUGACGUUGUAUAUAUUUAAUUUCAGGUAAGGUUAUGUCUGUAUCAAUCCCUACUUGCUGGAGAUUUAAACUUUUCUUUCUCUUAUGAUGUUGUUGGCCAUUGUUUUCGUAUAAGUGUCUGACUCAUAGAUUUUUUUUGUGAUUUCUGUCGCCCCUCUCCCCAAUCUCUCACAAUUCUACAGACUGCGUUUCUGAACCGACGUGCCAAGCCAAAGAUUUUAAUAUGUUCAGAGAAUAUGUAGUCUGAAAUAAAAUAAAAAUGUAGAAUGUGCUACAGCUUCAUUCCUCAUUGAAAUUCUAUACACAAAGCGUAGUUUGUGAAUCGAUUAUAACUAUUAGCUUUCAAGGCCCAGGACUAACACUAUGUCGUCUAAAUAAAGACCGAAGAGACAAUGACCAAAUAUGGGGUAUUUUGUUGAGCUUUCGGGACAAAUAUACAACUUCAGUGACACAAUUAUUUCUUGUAAUGCAAAACAAACCUACCUUUUUACAUUGUGUUCUGACAUCUAAGACAUAUUCUUCAUCAUAGACUACAGCGUACCUUUUUAGUGAGUUAAUUCAGAUAAUGUUGACAUGCAUAUAUUUCCCACGAGCUAUGCCAUUUGCUAUACAAACAUUGCUUGUUUUAAUAGGACAGAAGGUCCAGGCGUGCCUAUCUAUGUGCAGCCUAGCCUACCUUAAAAAGCCUACACACUCACGGAAACCAUGUAACCUAUAGGCAGGCCUAUAUCCGUCAAG